GUGAGAUAUGGAUGUGCGGAUCAGACUCACAGCUGGGCAGAUAGCGAGCAGGGUCUACAGAGUGACGCGGAACCUCUGCCGCCCACUCCCCCGCUCUGCGCGCUCCCGGCUCCUCCGCGCACUCCUCGCCCCGGCGGGCACGCGCCCUGUACGUCCUGCAGCCCCCGGAGCAGCGGGAUGGAGGAGGAGCUGGCUUGGGAGACCGACGGCUUGCUUCCCCUGGAGAGACAGCUUCACGAGGCCUCACGCUGGAAUCAGGUGGAGAGGAUGAAGGAACUGUUUGAGAAGAGGAUUAACAUCAGGGCUAGAAACCAUGUGGGCAGAGUGGCCCUGCACUGGGCUGCAGGUGCUGGACACGAGCAGGCUGUGAGGCUGCUCCUGGAGCGUGGGGCUGCUGUGGAUGACGUGGACUCGUUUGGGAUGAAUGCACUUCUCCUGUCUGCCUGGUUCGGCCACUUGCAGAUUGUGCAGAUUCUGGUCAAUGCUGGGGCCAAGGUCCACUGUGAGAGCAAGGACGGCCUGACCUUACUGCACUGUGCAGCUCAGAAAGGCCACAUGCCUGUGUUGGCCUUCGUCAUGGAAGACCUGGAGGAUGUGGCCUUGGACCAUGCAGACAAGCUGGGAAGAACAGCCUUUCACAGAGCUGCCGAGCACGGACAGCUGGAUGCCCUGGACUUCCUCGUGGGCUCUGGCUGUGACCACAGUGUCAAAGACAAGGAGGGGAACACCGCCCUGCACCUGGCUGCCAGCCAGGGUCACAUAGCCGUGCUGCAGAGACUUGUGGACAUCGGGCUAGACCUGGAAGAGCAGAACGCGGAGGGUCUGACUGCUUUGCAUGCAGCUGCUGAAGGGAUCCACGCUGACUGUGUGAGGCUUCUCCUCAGUGCCGGGAGCAACGUCAAUGCCCUCACCCAGAAAAAGCUGAGCUGCCUCCACUACGCAGCCCUCGGUGGCUCUGAGGAUGUGUCCCGGGCACUCAUCAAGGCAGGAGGGUGCACAAAUGUGGCUGACAGGCAGGGCACUGCUCCUAUACACCUUGCUGUGAGGCACAACUUCCCUGGUCUGGUCCAGCUCUUCAUAGAAGCCCACAGUGAUCUGGACGCCACGGACAUUAGGCAGCAGACUCCCCUCCACCUCGCUGCCGAGCAUGCCUGGCAGGAUGUAGCAGAGAUGCUCCUCGUUGCUGGAGUUGACUUAAGCCUGAGAGAUAAGCAAGGAAAAACAGCCCUGGCAGUGGCCGCCCGCAGCAACCACGUCAACCUGGUGGACAUGAUCAUCAAAGCCGAGCGUUUCUACAGAUGGGAGAAGGACCACCUCUCAUGCAGGGACACCAGCAACCCUUCUAGAAAGAACCUGACCUUUAAGCAAGACCAUCGGCAGGAAACUCAGCAGCUCCGCUCCGUGCUGUGGCGACUGGCUUCCCGGUGUCUGAGGCCCAGUGAGUGGAAGAAACUGGCGUAUUCCUGGGAGUUCACAGAGGCUCACGUCUGUGCCAUUGAGCAGCAGUGGACAGGAACCAGGAGCUACCAGGAGCAUGGUCACCGGAUGCUGCUCAUCUGGCUGCAUGGUAUGGCCACAGCUGGGAAGAACCCCAGCAAAGCACUGUUUGAGGGCCUAGUGGCCAUCGGCAGGAGAGACUUGGCUGAAAGCACCAGGAAGAUGGCAAAUGGCGAGCCCAGGGCCCCCAGGAGGUGUACAGCCAUGUGAGCUUGUGGGCACGCCUCGGGGCCGCAGCAUGGAAGAGGAUCUCCUUUCAGAGCCGUCCCAGCACACAGACCUCCGGCCGCAUCUACUGAACCAUAGACCCCAGCAGGAAACUCGAGUACUUUUUGGAGGAUGGGAGAUGGGUCUCUUCUAGGUUUUCUACUCAUCCUAUCCCAGGGGCGUGGAAAUUGGCACCUCUCAGCUCACUUUAUUGUAUUCCUGGGGGUGUAUAUGUGUGUACAUGCCUCACAUGGGUGUGAAGGAGGCCAGAGGGUACUUGGUGGGUAUUCCUCCCCAGGCACUGUCCAUCUUGUGUUUUUUUGUUUUUGUUUUUGUUUUGAGACAGAGUCUCUCUCUAUAUUCCUGGCAGUCCUGGAACAACCUUGUGUUUUUUUGAGACAGGAUCUCUCACUGACCUAACUAGACUGGCUGACCAGUGAGCCCAGUGACCCUCCUGUCUUGCCUCCCCAGUCCCGGGCUUACAAGUGUGUGUCACCAUGCCCUGGUUUUUGUGUGGGUUCUGAGGGUCAAACUCGGGUCCUUAUGUUGCAUGGCAAGUAUAGAGACUGAGCUGUCUCCCAGGCCUCUCAGCUCACUUUCUCUUCCAUUAUCUUAGAUUAUCAUGAAGCACCCCCUUGAGGUGCAAGGGGUGUCUUUACAGCUAGGGCACUGAGGUCCAGGGAGGAGAAGCCCCUUGUCCAGGUCAUACCACAAAUCAAGUGGUAUGAAACCUGCAUUCCUCCAACCCCAGCCUGCAGGAAGGGCUUCAUUCAUCACCUUCAAACUGGAUUGUCCUUAAGUCAUUAAGGACAACUCACUAAUCUCCAGUGCCACACAGACAGAAACUGCCAUGCUGAUCCCAUAGCUGUUUGUAUUUAUAAGUCCGUUUGUAUAUGUUGACAGUUCAUAUACUUCCUUUUCUUCCCUCUACUUGAAUAAUUGGAUAUAUAAUUUUUAAAUGUUUUUUUUAUCUUGAAAUCAUUUCAGACUUACAAAAGUUGCAAAACAGUACUGAGAAUGUUCAAGUGUUCUGCAUGAAGCUUCUGUAAACGUUUGCUCUUACACAACUACCAUGUGCUUUUGUAAAAUCAGGAAGUCAGAGGCUGGAGAGGUGGCUCAGUGGUUGAGAGCCCUUGUUCUUGCAGAGGACCCUGGGUUCGGAUCCCAGCACCCACAUGGCAGCUCACAACUAUCUCUAACUCUGACUCCAGGAGAUCUG